UUCCAGGCUAAGAAAGUUCCAGGUUGCAUUGUACAGCUAGGUGACAGGGCAAUAGAUGUCACUCUGCACCGAGCUAUUGCUUCCCUGUCUUGGGGACAGACCAUAAGGUUCAUCUGGCAUUUGCUCACAUCAAACCAGACUAUAAGUCUGGAAGAAGUAGAAAAAUGUAAACAGAAGAAAAUGUUAGAAGACAUGUUGGAGGAGAUGGCUGAGGAGUUCCCAGCAUUGAAAAGAGUGUUUGUGGUAGAGAGAGACAUGUAUCUCUGUCAUUCCCUGCAAGUAGCUGCUUUGCAACCGCGUCGUGAGCCUUGCCGCAUUGUGGGCGUUGUCGGUAUCGGCCAUGUAGCAGGCAUCGUGGAACAUUGGGGCAAAAUCAAACCUCAAGACAUUCCUCCACUACUCCAGGUGCCGCCGCCGUCUCUGUCCACGCGUGUGAUUCGCGUCACUGUACGCGUGGCGUGCAUAGGCGCUCUGAUCUACGCUGGGUAUAAGUUCAGACCUCGACGCUGGUUCCCUUGAUAGCGAUACAAUGCAAUGUGGUGACCAUAAUAAUAUGACUGAGGAUUGGCUUGUGCGUUGGCUAACUAUAAUAAGAAGUUCAUUUUGUGAUGUUUGGUUCUUUAUAAGGUCUUGCAAUAAAAUUAAUAAUAAUUCUAUAAAUGCAAGUUGUUGUUAGAGAGAAUGUUAAUUAAGUUUACUGGAUUAUUCAAAUGGGCCAUGUUUGUUAGCAAACAAAUAUAUAUGUGAAAUAAAAUAUAUAAAUAAUAUUAUGAUUUAAAUAUCUAUGACAUUGUAUAUAAGGUGGUUUUUGCUUGUAAGCGCUGAUACAUAAAAAUACUUUAUUCAAUAGCUUUGCCUGAUUUUUAAGUGAUCACAGUCAUUUUAUAUUGACUCGACAGAAUUGAUUGGUUCGUCGGAUCAUCCGCAUUGUAAUAUCAUAAUACCUAUACUUACAAAUAAUGUUACAAGUAAAAUAAUUUGUUGUUUCUGGGUGAUUGGAUGUUCCGUUUGCACUAGACUUAAAUAUUAAGGAUCAGAUUGGGACCUUCGCCCAUAGAGUGGGCGAGUUACAUAAAAGCUCAAGAAUAAUAAUUGAUGAUUGUAAAAAUGCCUUUCAUUUAUCUAUAUACAAUAAUUAGGCUGUAGUAAUACAUGAUCAAUUACAAUGAAUUAUAUUUAGACGACUGAUUUAUUGAUCUACAUAACGCACAGCUUCCGCUUGCUCUAAGAUUUAAGACCCUCCACAAUAGCAUGUAUUAAAUUAAUGUAUGACAAUUAUUAUGUUUGAGUAUAUAACGGAAUAACCAAGGUUUAAAGUGCUUAAAAGUACUUAAUAGAAUUGAUAGUCACACGGUCCCAUUUCUUAGAUCUGAACCUUACAUGUACAGAAUUGAUUUUAUAAAAACAACUUUAGUAUAGUGUUUGACGAGUCUUAAUAUAAAGAUGCUGAUAAACUUGAGCAUUCAUUUGUAAUGAGCGUUUUGCACUGUUACAUUUCAGGAAAAUAACGAGUGUUUUAGCGAGCAAUCUAUCAAGCAUUCUGGUGAGUAUUCUAUCGAGUGUUCUAGCAAGCAUGCCACUAUCAAACGUUCUGGCGAACAUCGUAGCGAAGGACAGUAAAGCUAUAUCAAGGCGACGUUAGGAGAGCCGACCAUGAGCCGAAUACAAUUCGUCUAGUGUGAACCGACUACAAUCCUCGAAGCGAGCGCGCUGCGAGCAUUUCGUUCGUGCUCGGUUGCGCUCCGCUUGUUGUCGGUUUUUGACGAACGCAAAGGGAUUUGCUUUGUACUCGCAGUGGUCACUGCGCUCACUCACUGCGGAAAACUACUUUCGAGGAUAGUGAUCGUUGUAGGUUCAUUGUACGUCCACACUUGACGCCGUGAACGGUUCCACUUGUGCUUGGCUCGUGCUCGGUUCUCCUACUGUAGAGCUGCCUUUUGAGAAGAAUUUUCACGACGAGCAUCGACUAGAGCGCUCGCUAGAAUGCUCAUAAAAUGUUUGUAGCAAUUUUUGCUACGCUCGGCUCGUUGUUGAGUUCAAUAAAUUCAUAAACGCCGAAUGCUUAAUGUUCUGUUACGGUUGGAAUGCUCAGGUUUAUCAACACCGUGGGGUGUCCGUUGCAGAAUAUUGUGUUAUUAGAUAUUUUACUUACUUUUGUAAAAUACCAAUUUAUGACUUUUAAUUUAGUAAUGGCUGCAAUUAAGUUUGUCUUAAGAUUAAUAAAAUAAGACGUGAACUUGAUUUUAUUAGGAAUUUUGACUGAGCUAUGUUUUUAUAUUUUGUUGAUUAACAAUUUCUAACUCAAACUACUACAAAAAUAGCAAGGAUUUGAAAUGAGUCUUCCUGGGCUAUGUAUUUGGCAUUCCUAUGUACUUAUGUAUAAAAAAUGUUACGUUGCUACCGUGAAGGUAUCGAUUUCAAACCUUUCUAAUAAAAAAGUGUUCUAUGCGCGUUAGACCAAUUUUUAUGUAGUUAGUAUUGGUUCGAUAAAUAAAAAAGGACUGUGAUAGAAAAUUAUAAAUAAAUUUCCAUCCGUCUUAAAGAAUUAGACCGAUAUUUAUAUCAUAAUUUAUAUACCCAUCGUUAAAUUGAGUUCUUAAAACUAAAUAGUGCAUUAUAAUUUUAGAGGUUUCUUAUGAAACUUCUGCUUUGUAGCUCAGUAACAUGAAAAAUAUUGUUCACAUUACCUAUAUUGAAUAAAGGAAUAACCUAAAAUGAAAUCUUUUAUUUCC